AUGCUCCCUCCAGGUAGUAGGAGAUCAAAGAUUCGUCCUCCUAGGAAUUCACUUUUGAGUUCAUUUGUGGGAGGAUCUGCAUCAUCGUCAUCCGGAUCAUCAUCAACAGCAAAUGCUGGAGCCGAAGACUAUGAGAAAUCUUGGGCCAUACUCUCAUCAGCCAUUAUUCAAAUUCAGAACAAAAAUGUUUCCAAUUUAUCAUAUGAACAGCUCUAUCGAAAGGCUUAUAUACUAGUAUUAAGAAAGCAAGGAUCCAGACUUUACGAAAAUGUGACUCAAUUGAUUGUGAAGCAUUUACUAGAAAGAAGGGAGGCAUUACUUGCCAAACUUUCCAAAGAAAGUGGCGGAGAAUUCUUGAAAACACUUUUAUCUGAAUGGACCGAGCAUUUGCAAUCUAUGAAGUUCAUAUCAGAUGUAUUGAUGUACUUAAAUAGAGUUUAUGUCAAAGAACGCAAAAAAUUAUUGAUCUAUGACCUUGGAAUACAAUUGUACAAGGAGAACCUCAUUAAAUACAACAACAAUGAAGUUGGUGAAAAAUUAAUAGAUAUCAUAAUUGAAGAAGUCACAAAAAGUAGGCUAGGUGAAGUGAUAACUACUAAAAUGUAUAUCGUCAAGGUAAUUAAUAUGAUGGAGUUGCUAGAAGAAACUAGUCCCUCCUCAAGUUCUAUGAUUAGUGAAGUUGAUCUUGGUGGAAGUGAAGGCGAAAAUUACUAUCAACGAUUUUUCGAACCCAGAUUUCUUGCAUCAUCCGAAACCUUUUUUUACCAGCUAUCUCAUCAAUUCAUGUCAGAAAAUAUCAGCGGUAGUGCUUACCUCCACGAAAUAAGCCAAUUUAUCAAAGAUGAAGAGGAAAAUAGAGCGAGAUAUUACCUACCUAUGUCCACAUUCCCUAAACUUAUAGAUUUGAUGAACAAUAUAUUGAUAAAAGACAAAAUAGAUGAGGUGAUAUUAUUGCCAAUGGAUAGACAAGGUUUAAGCUUUUGGAUGGAAGGUGUGGUACGAGGGGUUUUCGAAAGUCAAAAUAAUCCGGCUCCUACAAGCACCAAUUCCACAAGAGCAAUAGAAUCUUUUGCUAAUGUGAAGGAGCUUGCCAUUUUAUAUGAACUUGUUGGUAGAAUUGACUCUGAGAGAGAACUUCUCAAAGUUAGGUUGAAGGAAUUGGUCAUAAGUCAAGGACAGUCAUUGCCAACUUUAGUCAGAGAGAAGUUAGAAAAUAACAGCGACGAGCUAGGGGUAGGCAAUAAUUCUAAGAAAACUCCUGCGUUUUCUUAUAGUAGCACCUCAUUUGCCAUUGAAUGGAUAAAUACUAUACUGGAAUAUCAAGAACAGCUUUCAACAAUAUCUAGAAUUGCUUUCAAUAAUGACCCUGGAGUUGUCCAAGCUAUAACCGUGGCGAUAAGAGAUUUCAUCAACAAUUCUACAUCAACAAAUAAUAAAAAAUCUGGGAAGAAUUCUCCAUUGACAGCUUCUGCAUCAGAGCUACUUUCCAUAUUCAUGGACAACUAUAUUAAACAGUUUACCAAGCAGUCUCCUUCUAAAUCUUCAUCUAUAAAUGAAGAAUUCUCAAUAGACCAAGUAAUCAAUAGAUCAAUAACAUUCCUUAGAUUUAUUAAGGAUAAAGAUACUUUUGAAGCUCAUUAUGCAAAUCAUUUUGCAAAGCGGUUUUUGAAUACAAAAGCCCAAUCGUCUUUGACUACCACGACAACUUCUGCAGCUGCAUUGAAGUCGAAUAACAAAUCUGAUAGACACUCCACGUCAAUAGAUCUUGAAGAACUUAUAUUAUCGAAGCUAAUGGAAGAAAUGGGUUCAUCUUCAUUAGAAAAGGUAAUGAAAAUGAAUAGGGAUAUAAAGCUGUCUAGAGAUUUGACGAAUGAUUGGAAGAGGCAUAUCAAGUCAAACGACGUUCAAUACAGCUCAUCUAAUCUUGUCGAGCUAGAGUUGAAAAUUUGCAAUGUUACAGAUUGGCCAAAGUCAAUGACAAAGGAUUAUAAGAAGUAUUCUGAUGACAAUACUGGUGGUACCAGUGGGUUCCCAUGGCCAAAACAAUUGCGGGGAACUCUUUCAGAAUUUGAAGAUUAUUGGUUGACAGGUAAAAAGAACGACAACAAAUCAUUACAUUGGAGCCCGAAAUUUGGAUCAAUGGAUUUACGGAUAACUUACCCGUCUCCAAUGAAAACAUAUGAAAUAAAUUUAUCUACAUAUGCUGGGAUUAUCAUGUUACUUUUCGCUCCUCAAUCGACUGACAAUAUUACUGGAGAACUAGUACUGGCCUUCUCUGAAAUGAGAGAAUUGAAGUAUGAAGAGAUUAGAGAAUUAACUAAAAUUCCUGAGCAGGACUUGAAAAGGCAACUUCAAUCAAUAGCAGUGGCACCCAGGCUGAGAUUGUUAGUUAAGGUCCCUAUGACAAAAGAGGUAAAUGAGGGGGACAUAUUCAAAUUGAAUGAGAAGUUUAAGUCACCUACCAUUAAAGUCAAAGUAUUGACGGUUUCUGCAACUAGUAGUUCUAGUAAGAGGCCUACAGUAGCGAAUGUUGGUGGUGAGGGUCUUCCUUUGAGAAAAACAGAAGCACAAGAAGAAGCGGAAGAAGUAGCAGCAAAUAUUGUGGAAGGUAGAAAUGUCGAAAUCAAUGCUGCUAUAGUUCGUAUUAUGAAAUCUCGCCAAACGCUAAAUCAUAAUGACUUAAUUAGUGAAUUGAUUAGGCAAUUGCAAAAUAGAUUUUUACCUCUGACUAUUCAGAUCAAACAAAGAAUUGAAGAUCUCAUUGAAAAGGAAUACCUCAAGAGAGAUUCCGUCGAAAAGAGCAAGUACCAUUACGUUGCAUAA